AUGCAGCUGAUUGUCCCGCCUACUAAGUUCAAACAAAGGACUAAUAGUGUUAAAACCACUAGACAUACAAUUUAUACCUUUUUACCUAUUCGUCUCUUUAAAGAGUUCACAAAGUCAUUUAACUUGUUCUUUCUGUUCCUCUGUUGUGUUGUGCUAAUUCCUAACUUUACUCCUUUCUCUAGUGUUUCUUACAUUGCUUGUGUUGCUAUGGUCAUUUCUGUUAAUAUUGUUAAACAUGCCUUAUCUGAACUAAAAAGAUACAGAGCAGAUAAGGAAGUAAAUAAUGAAUUAUUUCCUGUGAUAAGAAAAGGAGUUAGUUUAGAUAUUAGACGGGCUGAUAUCAAUUUAGGAGAGAUUUUGAUUGUUAAACCUGGAGUAGUUCUACCCAUGGAUGUGCUAGUAUUAGGAGUGUAUACCAGGAGUGGGACACAAAGACAUGUUUAUAUUGAGACGAGUUCAUUGGAUGGUGAGAAUGCUCUGAAGAAGAAGAGGCCUUUACUGGAGUUGGGUCGGUCUGGUGAGUUAGCAGAGGAAGAUUUAGAGGUGCUCAGUGGAGUACAGGUAGUGAGGAGAGAAGGAAUGGAGGGAGAGUUAGAGGUAAGGUUGAGUAGAGAGGGUGGUAGAGAGGGAGAGUCGGGGGUAGAAGUGCUGGGGUUUAGUGAGGAGAGUAUGGUUUGGAAAGGGUGCUCGGUGUAUGGAGAGUACGAGGUGGUGGGGA